CUUCUCUCUCUGGCUCCCACUUCCAAAUUCCAAUCAUAGUGUUCAAAAAUAGUGGAAUCAUAUGUUACCUUAAAAAACCCUCUUAAAACCUUAUUCUUUCUGUCCACACUCAAAAGCUACUACUUCACUUACUACCUUCUUAUGGCACUCAAAAUCAGAUUUUUUCUAACAAUCUUUGUUGUUCUUGUUAUUGUUCUACCAAAAAUAAGUGCUCAUUCUUCCAUUCAAGAAGUUCUUAGAAGUUAUGGUUUACCGGCGGGGCUAUUUCCAGAGAGUAUAAAGUCAUAUAGUUUGGAUCAUAAUGGUGUUUUGGAAGUGAAAUUGGAUAGUCCUUGCAUAGUAAAAUAUGAAACUAGAGUUUUCUUUGAAACUGUUGUUCGUGCUAAUCUUAGUUUUGGUCAACUUAAAGGGUUAGAGGGUCUUUCUCAAGAAGAGCUUUUUCUAUGGUUACCUGUUAAAGAUAUCAUGGUGAAUGACCCUUCAUCAGGUCUUAUUGUUAUUGAUAUUGGUCUUGCUUAUAAACAAUUAUCUCUUUCUCUCUUUGAAGUUCCCCCAGUUUGUAGAUCUCAAGGUUUUGUAAAGAAUAAGGCUGGAAGGAAGAGUAUUGGAUUUGAAGAUCAGAGAUAAAAGAUUGAUGAUUGUUUAUCUAUCUGGAAAGAUGGUUUUUUUUCUAUGCCCAAUUUUGUUUUCAUUAGAAAUAAUUAUUGUGCAUAGAUCUCAUGUGACACAUGAGGGUUUUGAUUAAAUUAGAAAUCAAUUAAGAAAAAAAGAAAAGGGAAAAAAAACUGAUGAUGGUGUUUAUUGUAAAAAUUUCUAUGCAAUUUUGUGUGCAGCUUUUUUACUAAUCUUCAAGGAAAGGUGUUUCAUUUCA